AUGAGAACCUCCCACAUCUCCGCCGCCCUCAGCGCCCUUGCGGUGUGCGCAUCCGCCUACAGCCCGCUGACCGAUGUCGACACGCGCUCCCUGGAUGAAAUCUAUGCCGAAGCUCGCAAAGAGGAUGGCAUCCUCCAGGUCUUCUGGGGAGGAGAUGCAGCCGCCCAAGGCGACGCGAUCAAGACCGGCUGGGCGCAAAGGUUCCCGGACGUCAAGAUGAACUUGACGGUGGAACUCAGCAAAUACCUCGACAACCGGAUCGAUCGCGGUCACCUGCAAGGCAUCCACACCGCGGAUGUGGUGGUCGUGCAGACCCUGCAAGACUUUCGCAGAUGGAAGGCGGAAGGCAAACUCUUACGCUACAAACCAGCCACAUUCGAAGAUAUCCUCUAUGCCGAGAAGGACCCCGAUGGAUAUUUCAUGGCGCAAGCGAUAAUGACCUUUGGCGCCUUCAUCUACGACGAAACCAAGAUCAAUGCCUCGGAGAUUCCGACCUCGUACGCUUCCAUGCCCGACAAGAAGUGGAAGGGCAAGCUCAUCCUGACCUACCCCAACGAUGACGAUGCGGUUGCCUACCAAUUCUCUCUAAUGGUCAACCGCUAUGGGUUCCAAUGGCUAUACGACUUGGCACAGAACGAUGUCCAAUGGGUUCGAGGCACCGGCACUCCCGUCCUGACGAUGGGAUCUCGCCACAACGACACCUCAUUCGGUCGCGUCCUUUCCUUCACCUCGUACGAUUCUGGCGCGAGCUUCAUCGGAGCCAAGAACCCCGAGGCGCCUGAGCAGUACCUGACGUGGGCACAAAGUGGUGCCAUUCUCGCGGACACACCAAUGCCAGAGUCGGCCAAGCUGUUCAUGUCGUACUUGACCAGCGUGGAGCGACAGAAUGCGACGGCAGCGACGGGGACGGCUUCGAUCUUGAACUCGGUCAAUGCAAUGUAUGGUCUCACUCCGGACUCCAAUGCGACGCAGCUCUCGUCUUUCCGGCUCUGGGAGCAGGAUCGCAACACGGUGGAGUGGUGGAAGAACCUGUUUGAGGAGGUGCUGGGAACGGCACAAGGCCCCGGACCGAUGGUCAUGUAUCCUGACAAUGCUCCAUUGGUAGGAUGA